UUCUUAAUUUAAUGCACCAUAUAUAUUCUAAGUUCGAAGCCCACGUGCCCAUCCAGCAUAUUCAAUGUGUGAGCGACGCCUUUUGUUUCUGAUUGACGUUUCUAGCCCUCCAAUUCGGUAUUGAUAAUUAUACAGCCAAUGCCAACUGAGGGACACCUUCGCAGCUGCUGUCAAUCCCAGUGAUAUCCUUAAGUCGUAUAAAAGCUAACCAUUAUUCGUAUAGACCUCAGUUGCUUUCACAAUGACCGGAAUAUUCAGACAAAUUCAUCCAGCUCCGCUUGUGGUUCGCAUACGCUCCAGAGAGUGUUGCAGCUAUUUGUUUCGGGCUCUGAAGUUCUUGGGCUGGAUGCCACCUAAGCAGGGUAUUCCACGUUACUUACACCUGCUCUAUACUUGCUUCUUUUUCUACUUUCCAUUGAUAUAUGGACCGUUGGGUUUGCUUCGAGGACUCAUUAGUAAUUUAAAGAGCUUUAGUCCUGGAGAAUUUCUGACUUUGUUGCCGCUCGAUAUAAAUAGUCUUGGUGUGUCCAUUAAGAGUUUUAUUUUAUACAUAUACAUGACGCGUGUGUACGAGACAUUAUCGACUCUAGAUGAUCUGGAUGAGCGACUAAAAAAUGACAGCGAUCGUAGGAAGAUCCACGCAGCUGUGGCUAGAUCAAAUUACAUAUUUUUCGUUUAUGCUCAACUUUAUCUAUCUUAUACGGUGUCUGUCUUUAUCAUUGGAGUAUUAAAUGGGCAUCCGCCGUGGCUGAUCUACAAUCCGAUCUUUGAUUGGCGCGAUAGUGUUGGAAAUUUUUGGCUGCAGACGAUCUUUGAGUAUCUUGUGUUCCUAUUUCAGACGACGUUAGCUUUAAUUAGUGACACAUACACGAUUGUGCUCCUAGUAAACUUUCGAGCUCAUAUCGAUGUUCUCAAGGACCAUAUUCGCAACCUGCGCACCGACCCUCAACAGACAGAGAAAGAGAAUUACGAUGAGUUGGUCUCUAACAUUAUUUAUCACAAAUUAAUCCUACGGUAAGUCCAUUUAUCUUAAAUUUGAAUUUCCUUUUUGCUAUCAACUCCUCUUCAC